AUGGCUACCAUGCAGAAGUUCUUUGCCGCCUAUGAUUAUCGACAGGCGGUCCUUGCUGCCAGUACCAACCCUUUUGCCAGGGGCAUCGCUUGGGUAGACGGGGAACUAGUCCCUCUGCAUGAGGCCCGCAUCCCUCUCCUCGACCAAGGCUUUAUGCACAGCGAUCUGACAUACGAUGUCCCUUCCGUCUGGGAUGGCCGCUUUUUCCGUCUUGAUGAUCACAUCACUCGACUCGAGGCAAGCUGCGUUAAGCUUCGCUUGAAGCUUCCGCUCCCUCGUGAGGAGGUUAAGCAGACCCUCAUUGAUAUGGUUGCAAAAAGCGGUAUCCGAGACGCCUUUGUCGAAAUUAUUGUGACUCGCGGGCUGAAGGGGGUCCGUGGUACGGAUCCUAAAGACAUUGUCAACCGUAUCUAUAUGUUCGUUCAACCUUAUGUUUGGGUUAUGGAGCCUGAAGUGCAGCCCGUCGGCGGUACCGCGAUUAUCGCACGUACGGUUCGUCGCGUGCCCCCCGGCUCCAUGGACCCCACUGUCAAGAACCUCCAAUGGGGUGAUCUGACUCGUGGACUGCACGAGGCGGCUGAUCGUGGCGCGACCUAUCCUUUCUUGACCGACGGCGAUACUAAUCUCACCGAGGGGUCUGGCUUCAAUAUCGUUCUUGUCAAAGACGGUGUCUUGUAUACGCCUCAGCGUGGUGUCCUCGAAGGAGUCACUCGCAAGAGUGUCAUCGAUGUUGCACGAAUGAACGGACUGGAGAUUCGUGUCGAGCUCGUACCUGUGCAGAAGGCCUAUGACGCUGAUGAGAUUUUUAUGUGUACCACCGCGGGUGGUAUUAUGCCUAUCACAAGUCUUGAUGGCAAUCCGAUCAAUGGUGGCGAGGUUGGCCCGAUUACGAAGAAGAUUUGGGAUGGGUAUUGGGAUAUCCAUUACGAUGAAACAUUCAGUUUCGAAAUUGAGUACAAGGAUGGGAACAAGAACACUUCAAGUGGUCCUGGCCUAUAG